AUGGCCACAGAAUCCGUCGAGGUUGAAACCGUUGAGAAGCAAACAGUUAAACCAUCCUCCCAAACUCCUCAUGUCCUUAGAAAUUUUAAGCUCUCUCUUUUGGAUCAGUUUUCUCCUGUAGCUUACAUCCCAUUCCUUCUCUUCUAUCCCAAUGUUGUUAGUACUACUACCAGUAACGUCAGUACUCAUAGUGUCAAGGCCAUCAAUGAAAGAUAUCAGCAUCUAAUAAAAUCAUUAUCUGAAAUUCUCACUCACUACUACCCUUUAGCAGGAAGAAUCAAAGGUAAUGUCGUGAUCGUAUGUAAUGAUGAUGGAGCUGAAUUCGUGAAAGCCCAUGUCAAGUGUUCCUUAUCGGAGAUUUUGGAACACCCAGAUGCUGAAAUGUUAAGACGAUUACUUCCAAUUGAGCCUGAGUCCACAGAAGCAGUCACGGGCAAGUUGCUUGCUGUGCAAGUCAAUUUGUUUGAGUGUGGAGGAAUGGCUAUUGGAUUGACCAUUUCACAUAAGAUUGCUGAUGCCUCAACUGUAUGCACGUUCAUCAAUUCUUGGGCAGCAACAGCCCAUAAAUCCAACAAGGUAAUGCUUCCCCAGUUUGGUGUUGCAUCUCUUUUUCCACCCCUUGAUUUCUCCGACUCGGAGCCACCAUCCAUGAUAUAUGUUAAAGAAAAGUGCACAACUAGAAGGUAUGUGUUUGAUGACUCAAAGAUUUCCGUUCUCCAAUCUAAAGUAUCCAGUUCACUUGUGCCCAAACCAACAAGGGUGGAAGCAAUUUCAGCACUCAUUUGGAAAUGCGCGAUUGAAGCAUCGCCAAAGUCAUCAUCCAACACGUUGGGGUCUAGUCCAGUAAGGCCAUCUAUAUUUCAUCAAGCUGUGAACUUACGCAAAAGGGUUACACCGCCCUUGCCAGAUAACUUGGCUGGGAAUCUUCUUGUUUUAUCUACAUCAAAGGCCGAAGAAAGUACUACCAGUGUGUUUGAUUUAAAAGACUUGGUUGCGAAAAUCCGGGCCGGGAUUGAAGAAAUGAAAGAAUGUGCUACAAAAUUAGUUGAUCCUAAUGAGGCAAUGCAAGUGUUGACCGAGUACCGCACAAACCUGAUGAAAGAUCAGGAGAUUGAAACUUAUAGCUGCACAAGUUGGUGUAGGUUUCCUUUCUAUGGAGCGGAUUUCGGAUGGGGAAUGCCAUCAUGGGUGAGUUUUGCUGGUUGUUCAGUUAAGAAUUUAUUUGGUUUCAUGGACAAAAGAGACUGCAAUGGGAUUGAAACAUGGUUGACCCUAAGCGAAGAAAGCAUGGCAUUAUUUGAAAGCAAACCGAAGCUGCUAGCAUAUGCUUCUCUGAAUACAAGGGUCACUUGCUGA